AUGACCUUUAGAGAUCAGCUCUUUCGUCGUUACCGACAAAGCCGAAAUGCAGACGCCUGGAAGGCCUACAAGGAAGCCCGGAGAUCUGUAAAACAACUUCUUAAGAGUGCCGAGUGUGACCACAUCCGCACAGAGGUCCGAUCACACAAAGAUAACCCUGGAUCUCUAUGGAAAAUAAUCAAUUAUAAUUGUAUUCCAUCCAAAGAAAAAAAAAAACCAGUCUAUAGUAGAGACACUGAGCUAGUUGUAACGAUUUCAACCAAUUUUUCUACUCUGUUGGGAGAAACGCUGCUCAAACUGCUGCACAGUUGGCCAUAG